AGUAUAAAAGACCCGGGUCCAUCCUGGAACAAAUCAACUUGCUUCGUCCAGCAGCUCCAGCAAGCGCAGCAAUGAAAUCAACGAUGUUAUUGACGGUAUUGUCCUUAUUGGCUGUGGCUGGCAUUCAAGCUAAAAACAUUGGCACUCUUCGAGCAUUGCCCGACAUCGGCUCAGCUUCGCCACCCCGGAAUCAAUGGUACACACUGGACGAGCAGCGCCGGGCUAAUUUCGGCUAUGCUUACCCCGGCCAGGCUGCCAGCAACAUUCGCGAUGCUGAUGGCAACAUGGCCGGUUCUUGGAGUUAUGUCGACGCUGAUGGUAACCUGGUCCGCGCCACCUACACGGCUGGGCGAGAGCAAGGCUUCCUCGUCUCAUCCACCAACGAAGGGCGAGUGGCUCCUAAUGUCCUAUCCGACCUGAGCAAAGUGGGUACCACUCCGAAGAUUGGCGCUUGCAAUGAAGCCCCUUCCGGCCUCAAAACACAAAAGACCGUCCUCAACUCCAAGUCUUCGAAAGAAUCCGUUGUGGAUGCGAAAUACAUUGUGGGAUUGGCUAAAAGCAGGGAAGGCGACGACCCAAAGUUCUAUUACCAUUGCGCUGGAUCUCUCAUUAGCAAGACACACGUCCUGACAUCGGCUCGCUGUGUCACAGAGGAAAAUUCCAACAAGCCUGUACAUCCAGCACGAUUCGAUGUCCGAUUGGGCAUAACCAAGCAGUCCGAUGAUAACAUUGAAGACUCGGAGCAAGCGUCACCCAUCUACGAAAUAAAAAUUCACCCGGAUUAUGAUCACAUUACGGAGGAAAACGACAUCGCCGUUCUAACGCUGGACGGUCCCGUAGAGAUGACACCCAAAGUUGCCCCCGUUUGCUUGGUGCCGGAAUGUUUCAACAGCGAUGGCGCAGACUUGAUCGCCAUGGGCUGGGGAUACAAGAAAUACGACGGCAAGCUAUCCGAAGUGCUCAGGUACGCCUUCUUGACCGGUAUGAAAAAUGAGCAGUGCAGAGUCCAAUUCAAGAACGAGAAGCUGCCCAGUACGGCGAUGUGCGCCAAUGGCAACGGGAAAGGCAUUAAUUGCAUAAACGAGAAGGGAGGUCCGCUAGUCGUUGAAGAUGCGGAAAACACCGAAUGCCGUUACAAUCUGGUCGGUAUCGUCAGCUUCGGAAACAGAUGCAUCGAGGAAGCUCGCAGCCCAACCGUUUAUACGAAAGUGGCCUCGUUCCUGCCUUGGAUAGCUGCACAAACUGUUCCUAUUUGAGGGUGUGACGUAUACACGCACGAUUCACGCAACCCCAGGCAGGCUAUCACUAUGAAUGGAAGAACGGACGCAAUUCGGCUGAGAUUGGGAAUUCCAUUUAGACUUUUGAUGCGAAUCGACAACAGCAGUUGAAUUGGUGGAGCAGCUAUAUUUUAUUACUUUCUCAAGAGUUAAAUGUAUUUAAUUCUAAAUAUUGAACUUGGUUUCGUUACUCGACUCUUAUUCAAAUACAAUUAAACCUUUCAGCAGCAUUAAAAAAA